UGGGCCGAGCCGCACCGCCCGCCCUCGGUCCCGUCCUUUCCUCAGAGCGCGGCAGGUCGGGGCGUGAGGCGGCGCGGAGCGGAGCGGCGGCUGCAGAGGGCUUUCUGAAUCCUGCAGAGGAUCGGAGCCAGCAACAAGAGGGAGUGGGAGAAAGCACUUGAAGAGGGCUGAACUUUUGCACUGGUGCUGUGAGCUGCUUUGGUGGUGAAAGGAACUUGCUAAGUCAGAAAGAUGCGCGAGUAUACAGAAAAGAAGGAAACAUGUGGGACCAUCUGUCUCAAGUACCUGCUCUUUAUCUUCAACUUCUUUUUCUGGCUGGCUGGUGGGGCCGUGAUGGCAGUGGGUGCCUGGACCCUAGCUGAGAAGAGUGACUACAUCAGCCUGCUCUCUUCCAGCACGUAUUCAGCAACUGCUUAUAUUCUGGUGGUGGCUGGGGUUGUUGUCAUGGUUACUGGCAUCCUUGGUUGCUGUGCCACAUUCAAAGAACGCCGGAAUUUGCUAAGAGUGUACUUCAUAUUGUUGCUGUGCAUCUUUCUCCUGGAGAUCAUUGCUGGAAUCCUGGCCUAUAUCUACUACCAGCAGCUGAGCAUGGAGCUGAAGCAAAAUUUGAAGAACACCAUGACCCAGAAGUACCGUAAGGAGGGAGAGGAGAGUGUUACCAGUGCAGUAGACAAACUGCAGCAGAAGUCCAAGUGCUGUGGGAGCAACAACUACACAGACUGGGCUGACAGCCAGUGGAUCAAAUCUUCGAUGGCCAAUGGCCGGAAGGUCCCAGACAGCUGCUGCAAGACCAUAACUGACCUGUGUGGCCGACGAGACCAUCCUUCCAACAUCUACAAGGAGAGCGGUUGCAUUACCAUGCUGGAGAACUUCAUUCAAGAGCAUCUGAAAAUUAUCGGGGCAGUGGGGAUCAGCAUUGCUUGUGUGCAGAUCUUUGGGAUGAUUUUCACCUGCUGCUUGUACAGGAGUUUAAAGUCAGAGCCAUAUUAAGAGCUGUGGGCGCUCUGCUGCUCCCCCUCGGCCACGUCCCUUAGCGCUGCCACCUGCCCGCUCCCCACCGCCACAGUGUCUGUCACCCCAGGACUCGGCUCUGACGAAGCCACGUGCCUCACUGCCCCCGUGGGGGAAGCCACCUCCUUGCCCUGCAUGAGGCAGGCAGGAGUUCAGCAGGUCCUCUUCGUUGGCAAGAAACAAAAGAGCUGUGGAUCUUCUGCCAGAAUCUUUAGCCAAACAGUCCCUUGAUGUAACUAUGAAGCAAGAUUUAUCCAGGGCCAUUUCUCUCAAGGCUUUUCCUGAGCCAAGGUGAAGGUAUCAGGAUGCUUCCAGGAAUCCGGGUUUGCUCUCUGAGAAGUGGCUUAGCGGCACCAGGCGUUGACUGUGAGGACAAAUGAAGUUUCUGAGCUGAGCUGGAGCCAGAGCUGAGUCUCUCAUAGAUGGACGAUUUCUCUCCCUCCUCCCAAGCGUGUGCUGAUAUCCCGACUUGGCUGCUCUUCACCUGGGAGGAUGCCUGCCCAGUUUCAGGGAGCAGGAGCCACUCUCCCUGCUGACUGGGAGCACACCUGGGAGCAGCUGAAAUCUUGUCAUGACCCUGAUGUUGUCAAGACAUGGGUGCCUUAGGAUUUCCCAGCAAUCCUUCCUCCUCUUCCCUGAAGCUUCCCCAGCACAGUGCCACAGGAGGCCUCUUGCCUCCAAGUGAUUCUGGAGCAAAAACGAUGGACUACUUUCUAAUUCUUCUGGGUCUAGUCUGUUUUACUGAGUGGCUUCCAGUGUGGGUGAGAAAACAGUUUGCUUCUGUCUAUCCUCUGCUAAGGUUUGAUGAAGAACUGGGCUGUUUGUGGAACUGGCAUAUCUUGCUACUCUUUGGCCAGAUUUUUCUAAUUCAGACCUCCAGGCUUGCCUCUCUUGAGGGAGGAAAUGAACAGAUACAAAUGUUUUAUCAACCCCCAAAGAGCUCAUUAAUCAGCUGAGGGGUUAGUGACUUUAAUGCCCUCUGGAAACCCACUUUACUGGUUGCUGCCAAGCAGAUCAGGAGUGCCAGAUUCACGUAGUUGCCCUGGUGUACUUGGUAAAUUGUGUUUUCUACAGAGGACAGGCUUCAAUUAAAUAUUCUGUCUGUGCCGGGAUCCUGGAUAGACAGAGGACAUAGACAUCACUGCUGCCAUGGGCUUGGUGCUAUCAUGAUGCCAACAGCCUGAGUUUGUAGGAUCUUGUGUGCCUCCUGUUGUCCUCCCCUUCCUAUUACACCCAUGAAGCAGAAGGGGCUGUGGGCUUGGGUGUUCUAAGCAGUGAAGACAAGCCUGUUUUACAAACAAAUUUAUUCCCUCCUCUGGUUUUUCAGUGGUGUGGGCUGAGCCCUGUCCCAUGGCAGAUGAGCAAAGACCUCUCAGGCCUCUGAAACAUCUUGGAGCGUUGUGGGGUUUUUAGUUCUGAGAGCAGAAAUUUUAGACUGGCGCUAAAGGGUGACAAGUUAAAAUUCAGAGCAGAUCCAUCUGAAACUCCCCCACCUACAUCAGCCCCUUGAAAUAAUCCUUAACUAAUGCAGAAAGAGAGGUGGAGGAACUGAGGUGUGUCGUUGGUUCCACAGCAGCAGGAAAAAGGGGGAAGAAACCUAAAUUUAUUGUGUAAUGAGCUAAAGGAGAAAUCUCUAAAUUACAUCUUGUUUUAUAAUCAAGUUCCUGACCGGUAUUGACUACUAACUAAGAGGAAAAUAGUGAGCAUGUUGCUUGAAGCAAUAUAAGCAUAUCUUCAUAGCUGCCUUCAUCCAUUACCUUCGAAUACAUUAUACAGGGGUGGGAGAGGCUGGGAAGAAUGAGAGAUGAACAGUAUAGUGGCUUGUGUCCAUUGAGUUGUUUUAUACUUUUUCUUUGUGUAAUAACGUUCAUUGCUUUUGGUUAUUUUUAACCCAGUUUAAGUUGCUGGCCAAUAGAAAAAUAAAGCUUAAGAUUCUGUA